AUGCCAUUUGGUCUCACAAAUGCCCCUGCCGCUUUCCAACAUUUCAUGAACGAUUUGUUCAGGGACCUAAUAGACGUAAAUGUAGUAAUCUACCUGGACAACAUCCUGAUCUUCUCAGACAAACUGGAAGAACAUCCAAACCACGUGAGAGAAGUCCUGUCCCGCCUAAUGAGGAACCAACUGUUCUGCAAGUUGUCUAAAUGCCACUUCCAUGUUACCACAGUAGACUAUCUAGGCAUUGUAAUCUCCCCUGCUGGAUUUUCCAUGGAUCAGAAGAAAGUCAAGGCUGUCACGUCAUGGCCCACCCCCAGGACAGUCAAACAAGUCCAGGCCUUUUAG